AAACUUACCUAAGCUUUCUGCACUUUCUCACCGUACAUUCACUCAUUAUUUAUUAAACUUCAUCUACAGUCAAAAAUGGGUCGCAACUUUUUCGUCGGUGGUAACUGGAAGAUGAACGGCUCCUUGGCCCAGGUCAAGAGCCUCGUUGCUCAGCUCAACAACACCGUCAUCCCCAGUGGAACUGAGGUCGUCAUCUCCCCCCCUGCUAUCUACAUUGACCGUGUUCGUCAGGAAUUGAAGCCUGAGAUUGGCGUUGCUGCCCAGAACUCCUAUACCAAGGCCAGCGGGGCCUUCACUGGUGAGAUCAGUCCCGAGCAGCUCAAGGAUCUCGGUAUUGACUGGGUUAUCCUCGGUCACUCUGAGCGUCGCGAGUACUUUAACGAGAGCGACGAGUUUGUUGGUGAGAAGACUGCCCAUGCUUUGGCUGCCGGUGUCAGCGUUAUUGCUUGCAUUGGUGAGAAGCUCGAGGAGCGUGAGACCGACAAAACCACUGAGGUUGUUACCCGUCAGUUGAAGGGUAUUGCCGACAAGAUCAACGACUGGACCAACGUCGUCGUUGCCUACGAGCCUGUUUGGGCUAUUGGAACCGGUAAGGUUGCCACCCCCGACCAGGCCCAGGAGGUCCAUGCCACUCUCCGCAAGUGGUUGGCUGAUAACGUCUCUGAGUCUGUUGCUGAGUCCACCCGCAUCAUCUACGGUGGCUCCGUCAACGGCUCCAACGCUGCUGAAUUGGCCAAGAAGGAAGAUAUCGAUGGUUUCUUGGUUGGUGGUGCCUGCUUGAAGCCCGAGUUCUCCAACAUCAUUGCUGCUCGCUUGUAAAUUCUCCACACUUUCUCUUUUCCCCACAAAAAUACAUAUUAUUCCUACACGCCAGUAAAUAAAUAAAUAAAACCAAAUUACUUGUAAAGAAUUU